CGCUUACGAAAGAGGGAAUAAAGAGAAGGAAAGGAUGGGGAGGGUAGAAGGGAAGGAAUGUACAGUACAGUAGUACAAAAGAGGGAGGGAGAAGUCGUGGGCGGGGAAUUUCGAAGCCGAAAGGAUUAAACAGUGCUGAGCUUGGGUGCGAGGAAUGAAACAGUUACAUGCAUUUUUUAUUCUGAAGUCUCCCUUUGAGUUGAGCCGGACCUAUUCCAAAAUAAAGAUGUACAGGCCUGUAGCCUUCCUCGUAAAAACUCGAUAUGCAGGGGACUGUCUCUGAAAUAUAGAGGAAGUACCAGGGCCAGCCAACUAACUGGUCAUGUGAUCUAACUCCUUGCAACACAUUUUCCUAGUCUGAAGCUAUAGUCAAAGAAAUGGGGCUGUGGAUGUAUGUUCUAGUGGUGGUGCUGGGGCCAGGGUCCCUAAAAUUCCAGGCCACCUCAGCAGACCGUUCCUUCAGCAUUGAUUAUGCUAAUAAUUGCUUCCUUAAGGAUGGUGUUAAGUUUCGCUACAUCUCAGGCAGUAUCCAUUACUUUCGUAUUCCACCUGCCUAUUGGAAGGAUCGGCUUCUCAAGAUGUACAUGAGUGGUCUCAAUGCUGUGCAGAUCUAUGUGCCUUGGAACUAUCAUGAGCCAUUGCCUGGUGUUUACAAUUUUGCUGGUGAUAGAGAUUUGGAGGGAUUCCUGGACCUUGUGGCCAACUUAGGUCUUUUAGUGAUCUUGCGACCUGGACCCUAUAUCUGUGCUGAAUGGGAAAUGGGUGGUCUUCCAUUUUGGCUGUUGACAGAGCCAGAUAUUGUCCUACGCACAUCUAAUCCAGAUUUCCUGCAGGCUGUGGACAAAUGGUUGGGUGUCCUGCUCCCGAAAAUUAAGCCACAUCUCUACCACAAUGGAGGCAACAUAAUUAGUGUCCAGGUGGAGAAUGAAUACGGGAGCUAUUUUGCCUGUGAUUAUAACUAUCUGCGCCAUCUGCUGGCUGUCUUUCGUUCCUACCUGGGGGAGGAAGUUCUGCUUUUCACCACAGAUGGCACCAAAGAGUCUGAGCUCCGAUGUGGGACAUUGCAAGGGCUGUAUGCCACGGUGGACUUUGGACUAGAUGAAAACGUGACAGAGGCAUUUGGGAAGCAACGAAUAUAUGAACCAAAGGGCCCACUGGUCAAUUCUGAGUACUACACAGGCUGGCUGGACUAUUGGGGUGAGCCACACUCCACACAAAAUGCUACAGAUGUGGCUCAAGGCCUACAGAAGAUGCUAGAAUUGGAAGCCAACGUCAACAUGUAUAUGUUCCAAGGAGGCACCAACUUUGGUUAUUGGAGUGGUGCUGACUACAAUGAAAACACUUAUAACCCCAUUACUACUAGCUAUGACUAUGAUGCACCUCUUUCAGAAGCUGGAGAUCCUACAGAUAAGCUGUAUGCUAUCCGAACAAUUAUUAGCAAGUUUCAGGUGUUGCCUGCAGGACCAAUGCCACCUCCCACCCCAAAGUUUGCAUAUGGCUAUGUACCACUGCCAGAGCGUGUGGCCCUGCUGGACAUUCUAGGACUUAUUUCGCCUUCUCUGCCAUUCUACUCCUCCUUCCCUCUUACUUUUGAAGCCCUGAAGCAGCCACAUGGCUUCAUGCUGUACCGGACCCUUCUACCACAUGACAUUCCAGAGCCUGUCCAGCUCACUGCCUUUCAAAACGGCGUCCAUGAUUUUGCCUACAUUCUGCUUAAUGGAGUGUACAAGGGGACACUGGAACGGAACAGAGUGCAUGGGGUCAAUAUAUCUGGCAAACUAGGAGACACAUUGGAUGUUUUGGUGGAGAAUAUGGGUCAUAUCAAUUUUGGUGCCAAUGAGAGUGAUUUUAAGGGUCUGAUUCACAAUCUCACACUGGGUUCCAUCAUACUGCAUAACUGGCUCAUCUACCCCCUGGAUAUUGACUCAGCUGUGGCUCAUGCAUGGCCCCCAACGACUACAACAAGCAAUGGGACUACAGGGCCGGCUUUUUACACUGGAGCAUUCACCACACCUAACAUCAGCCACGACACCUUUGUGAAGCUCCCUGGUUGGAAUAAGGGCCAGAUCUGGAUUAAUGGUUUUAAUUUGGGCCGGUUCUGGCCAGCUCGUGGACCGCAGCAAACUCUCUUUGUGCCUGGAUCACUCCUCAAUAGUUCGGCCCUCAACACUGUUGUAGUCCUGGAACUGGAGGUUGCUCCAGAGAUGCCUAGAGUGCUCUUCCUUGACCGGCCUCUUCUCAAUGGCACCUCCCACUCUGUUGACAGAGACGUGACUAAUAGUAGUUUGCAUCUUGCCAUGGAGCCGCUGAAAUUUGCUGAUAUGGCUGUAAGAGAAAAAAAAGUGGAACUCUUACCCUGAAACUACUACAUUUCAGAAGCCAAAUAAAAGGUACUUUUCAGAUCAA